GGAGGAGCAGCAGCAGGAGCAGUAGCUGCCCUGCUUUCUGUCUCAGUCUCAAAGCCUGGAAUCGAUUGGGUUAGAAUUCCACAUCCAAUUGAAGUUUGGCUGCUAUUGCCUUCAGCAGGGCCGGUCAUCAGAGUCCCCCUCAGCAGAAGUCUGGACCAGAUUGGAUUCCUAGAUUUGUAGCCAGCGAGACUCCUGCCCAGCCUUUCACUGAGGGGAUUUCUCUGCUGGGCAUUGUUCCUAUCAUCAACUUUGCACGGUGGAGCCAGCCAGCUGGUGCAACUGAGAAUAAUAGCUCCUUGGCUCUGUUUGUCCGUUGGGCAAGCAGCCAUGCUGUGGCUUAGAAAGUUCAUCCUGUGGCUUCUCUGUUAAACCGAGGAGUGCCCCUGAGCGGAUUUCCUCUUAAAGACAGCACUUGCAUUCUAAAACUUGAGAAUUUGUGAUUUUAAUGUUUUUUUUUUUCCUUUUCAUUUCCUUAACUCUUAUUUUGAUUGCAGCAGCAAGGAGUUUGUCUUAAUUUUAAUGGCUUUGAGUACUUGCCCAGAACACAAGGAGUUGAUACAUCAAUACUCUGAUGGGAAGCCAAGAAAAGAGAAGUGACUGCCUACAGCCUUGAAGGCCAGCAGUGGGAGACAGGUCAGGGUUGGCUUCUACAGUCUUAGAAGCUGCAGGAUAAGAGUCAAGCCAGAAUCCAGGGGCAUGUACCAGGUUUGGAGACUACACAUGGAAUCAUUCCAGACAGUACUGUGGGCUAAGCCCAAGGCAUCAGCCAGCCAUAAUUGCUAGAAAUAGACUGAAAAGAGCAGGGCAGUAUAUUGUCUUCCAAGAUAAUCUCUGUUAAGCACCCUGACCAGAAAGAGGAAGAAGCAGAGAAUCCCUCAGACCCUGAGGGAGAAAAUGAAACGAUUGUUGCAAGAGUCAGAGGAAGAAAUCAUAGUCACCUUGGGACCCUCUUCCAGGCUUUCUCCAGAUAAGGCUAAGUCAGAGACUAUGUGUGGCAUCAAGAACAAGUCCUCAGGCCCUAUUGAAUCCUUACCAGAGGAUAGCUCCCUGCUCCCUCACUGUGGUUCAACAGCCUCAACCAUUGGUGGGGAUAGAGAUGGGGGCCUGGCUCAGCAUUGCAGCUUUGAGCAGCAGACCGGCAGCCAGUUUCCUCUGGGCUCCACUCCCUGUGCUUUAGGAUCUGGCUCUCAGGACCUAUUGUCUGUCAGCAUAAGCACAAGCUGUCAAGAGCCCUCAGAAAGGAAUCAAGCCAAGUCCCUUUUGUCCAGAGGCCUUCACCAAGGCUGCAGCUGUGAACAGAGAGAGCCUUUGGGGGAUGUAGUAGACUAUAUAAUCAGAGAGCUACAAGGCAUCAGCCGUCUCCAGACUGAAAUUGCUGAGCUGCAGCAGCACUUGAGCCAAGUCCGGGGUUCAGUGGAUGAAGUGUCUAGCUGUGUAGACUCGGUUCUGAGUGGAAUAGAAGGCUUGCAGGUAGGCAGCAGCUCCCUGGCCAAGGUGUGUGUGGGGGAAAUGGCCCAGGAACCCCAUGUGGACAGCCCCGGUGAAGAAGCCAUUCUGUAUCUGUAUGGACUUCCUGAGCAAGACGGGGAAAAUACCAUGGAGCUGGUACACAGCUUUCUGGCCAUGCACCUCUGUGUUAAUGGCAUGCAGUGCAACAGGUACAUCAAAGAGGCUUACAGGGCAGGCAAAGCCCCAGCUCCCAGGCCUACUGUUGUGAAACUUGCCCAUCUAGAGCAUAGAGACUUCAUCUUGCAGAAGUCCAUCCUUUUGCAGAGUGUAGGGGUCCGUAUUGCCACCAAAGAAGAACCAAGCUGGCCACAGUGCUAUAAGAAUCCUCAAAAGGAGUCUCUUUCAUUUUUGCAACAACUUCAGGAUCAUAAUGCAAAUUCUUUAAACCAGUAUGAACCACUUCUUCAGAUGGAAACAGGGGACCCAGGACCCAUAACAGGAGCAUGUCAAAUGAGGGCUCAAAAUCAACACAGAGAACCUCAAACCCCUGAGCAGCAAGGCCUUUGCUUUCCACCCAGGAAUAAUUUCACAAAGCCAAGUGAUGUAUCUAAGCCAGGAGAUGAAGUAAAAGGAACUUCAGGAGCCUCCCAAGUUACCAGUGGCAGUUGUGGUGAGCUGACAGGGAGAGAAGCUUCUGAGGAACCUUCCCCAGUGUUAAUCUCAGAAGAGGAGGGUUCUGGGAAAUCCCAGGUUUUCAAACAGUCCACCCAAGGAUUUGAAACAUGUAGUGUAGCAAAAAGAGAAAACAACUGCAGCAAUAAAAGUGACACUGGCAGCUGCCUGUCGCUGUCUGGGUUGCUGAAGACAGAGGACAAGCUCGUGGCCUGUGAAGCUGGGCUUGAUAUUCUGAGCUCUAAGCAGCUAGAGGACCUUUUAACAGACAAGUCCAAAAGAUUUGCAACUCUGAGCCAUGACCACAUGAUGGAGGAAAUCAUCAUAGGGCCUGAGACUUUCAGUGACAUGGUUCAUAUUGACUUGAAUGAAGAGGAACAUGCUACUCAGGUCCUUAAAGAUGUCUUUGAAAAGUCAUCUUGUGGCUUGGUUGGCUUGCAGGAGGAUGAAGAUAUUGAAAUUAAGUUUUACAAAAGCAAACUGGGCCGAGCAAUUCACCACUUUCGUUCAGCUCUGCAGGGCGUGUUUCAGAAGCUGGAAAAUGGUGGGUCAAUCAGUCCUGAGGACCUGGAAAGCAAUGAGAGCGGUUCUCAGUCGGAGAACAGUGAUAGACUUCUUGGGACAGUGGGUUCAGAGGGUGCCCAAGAUUUCUCUGUGGAGAGCCCUGGGAGUCAGGAGAGUGAGAGCUUUCUCAGUGUGGUCUCUGGUGGAGUGGGCACCUCUACACAGAGAGACCAAACCUUUCAGGAUCCCAGCAACUUCUCUGUUGCUUCUAACUCCUUGCCUAUUGCAUAUUCAUUACCAGGUUUUGCUCUGGCUCCAUGUCUGGGAGGUGAAACGUGUUCCAGGCCUGAAUCUCCCAAGCAGGGCAUACUAAGCCUAGAACAAGUGUGUGCAGAGACCAUCUACCUCAACAAGUGCAUCAACAAUUUCAAAAAUGUUCUGAGAGAGAAAAGACUGAGGCAGAAAAAACUUUUGCAUGAGCUAGUACAGAAGGCAAAGAAUGUCUCAGUAGAAGACAUACACUCAGAAGGAAAGCGAGGAGCCGUUCAGAUUCCGGAUGAUGGUCACUCCUCUUUGCCUCAGUGGCUCCCAGAAGGGCCAGCUGGAGGGCUCUAUGGCAUUGACAGCAUGCCAGAUCUACGCAGAAAGAAGCCACUGCCGCUUGUCAGUGAUUUGGCUAUGUCGUUGGUCCAGUCCCGGAAGGCAGGGAUUACUUCUGCAAUGGCUACACGCACAUCUCUCAAGGAUGAAGAGCUGAAAUCCCAUGUGUAUAAGAAAACUCUGCAGGCCUUAAUCUACCCCAUCUCGUGCACUACACCCCACAACUUUGAGGUCUGGACGGCCACUACCCCAACCUACUGCUAUGAGUGUGAAGGUCUGCUUUGGGGCAUCGCCCGGCAGGGCAUGCGCUGCAGCGAGUGUGGAGUCAAGUGCCAUGAGAAGUGCCAGGACCUGCUCAACGCCGACUGCCUGCAGCGGGCUGCAGAAAAGAGUUCUAAACAUGGAGCUGAGGACCGGACCCAGAAUAUAAUCAUGGCCAUGAAGGACCGCAUGAAGAUCCGAGAGCGGAAUAAGCCAGAGAUCUUUGAGGUUAUCCGAGAUGUCUUUACUGUGAGCAAAGUUGCCCAUGUGCAACAGAUGAAAACAGUGAAGCAGAGUGUACUGGAUGGCACCUCCAAAUGGUCGGCCAAAAUUACCAUCACUGUGGUGUGUGCCCAGGGCCUACAAGCCAAGGACAAGACAGGAUCCAGUGACCCUUACGUGACUGUGCAAGUGGGCAAAACCAAGAAGCGUACCAAGACUAUUUUUGGGAACCUGAAUCCUGUUUGGGAAGAGAAGUUCCAUUUCGAGUGCCACAACUCUUCUGACCGCAUUAAGGUACGUGUAUGGGAUGAGGAUGAUGACAUCAAGUCAAGAGUAAAGCAGCGACUGAAGCGAGAAUCCGAUGAUUUCCUUGGCCAAACCAUUAUAGAGGUUCGGACACUGAGUGGCGAGAUGGAUGUCUGGUACAACUUGGAGAAGAGGACAGAUAAAUCAGCUGUCUCAGGGGCUAUCCGACUACAAAUCAGUGUGGAGAUCAAGGGGGAGGAGAAGGUAGCACCAUAUCAUGUGCAGUAUACGUGUCUCCAUGAGAACCUUUUCCAUUACCUCACAGACAUUCAGGGUAAUGGAGGAGUCCUGAUCCCUGAGGCUCGAGGAGACGAUGCAUGGAAGGUGUACUUUGAUGAGACUGCCCAAGAAAUUGUGGAUGAAUUUGCCAUGCGCUAUGGCAUCGAGUCCAUAUAUCAGGCCAUGACGCACUUUGCAUGUUUGUCAUCCAAGUACAUGUGUCCUGGUGUGCCUGCAGUGAUGAGCACCUUACUGGCCAACAUCAAUGCUUAUUAUGCCCACACAACUGCCUCCACCAAUGUUUCUGCAUCUGAUCGCUUUGCAGCCUCCAACUUUGGGAAAGAGAGAUUUGUAAAACUACUGGACCAGUUGCACAACUCACUGAGGAUUGACCUCUCUACCUACAGGAAUAAUUUCCCUGCUGGAAGCCCUGAGCGGCUUCAGGACUUAAAGUCAACAGUGGAUUUGCUGACCAGCAUUACUUUCUUCAGAAUGAAGGUGCAAGAACUUCAGAGCCCUCCAAGAGCCAGCCAAGUGGUAAAGGACUGUGUGAAGGCCUGUUUGAACUCCACAUAUGAGUAUAUCUUCAACAACUGCCAUGACUUGUACAGUUGCCAGUACCAGCUGAAACAGGAACUACCUCCAGAGGAACAAGGACCCAGCAUUCGGAACCUGGAUUUUUGGCCCAAACUCAUCACGCUCAUUGUGUCAAUCAUAGAGGAAGAUAAGAAUUCCUACACACUCGUUCUGAACCAGUUUCCUCAGGAGUUGAAUGUGGGAAAAGUCAGCGCGGAAGUGAUGUGGCAGCUCUUUGCCCAAGACAUGAAAUAUGCACUGGAGGAGCAUGAGAAAGACCGGCUGUGUAAGAGUGCUGACUACAUGAACCUACACUUCAAGGUGAAGUGGCUCCACAAUGAAUAUGUGCGAGAUCUGCCUGCCCUCCAGGGGCAGGUGCCUGAGUACCCAGUGUGGUUUGAACAGUUUGUCCUGCAAUGGCUGGAUGAAAAUGAGGAUGUGUCCCUGGAAUUCCUGCGUGGGGCCCUAGAACGAGAUAAGAAGGAUGGGUUCCAGCAGACAUCAGAGCAUGCACUCUUUUCCUGCUCUGUGGUGGACGUCUUCACACAGCUAAACCAGAGCUUUGAAAUCAUCCGGAAGCUGGAAUGCCCAGACCCCAGCAUCCUUGCCCACUACAUGAGGAGAUUUGCUAAGACCAUCGGGAAGGUGCUGAUGCAAUAUGCAAACAUCUUAUCAAAGAGCUUCCCAGAUUAUUGCACAAAGGAGAAAAUGCCCUGCAUCCUGAUGAACAACAUGCAGCAACUGAGGGUCCAGCUGGAGAAAAUGUUUGAGGCCAUGGGAGGCAAGGAGUUGGACCCUGAAGCUGCAGACAGUCUGAAGGAGCUGCAGGUGAAACUGAAUACAGUUUUGGAUGAACUCAGCAUGGUAUUUGGAAACAGUUUUCAGGUGCGGAUUGAUGAGUGUGUUCGACAAAUGGCUGACAUCCUGGGCCAGGUUCGGGGCCCAGGGAAUGCAUCCCCCAACGCCAGGGCUUCAGUGGCUCAGGAUGCAGAUAGUGUGCUCCGGCCUCUCAUGGACUUCCUGGAUGGCAACCUCACACUCUUUGCCACUGUAUGUGAGAAGACAGUCCUGAAGCGUGUACUGAAGGAGCUCUGGCGGGUGGUGAUGAACACAAUGGAAAGGAUGAUUGUUCUGCCCCCACUCACUGACCAGACGGUAAGGACGCUCCCCUUCCACUUCCUCCUGUUGUCUCCUCUAUCUUGCUCCACACUUCCUGAUCAAGUUUGGAGUCCUCUGCUUUUGACCAAUCCCCUCUCUGCCCAGGGCACCCAGCUAAUCUUCACUGCUGCCAAGGAGCUGAGCCAUCUUUCCAAACUCAAGGACCACAUGGUACGAGAGGAAACCCGGAAUCUCACUCCAAAGCAGUGUGCCGUCCUUGACCUCGCUCUGGACACCAUCAAGCAAUACUUUCAUGCAGGAGGUAAUGGGCUGAAGAAAACCUUCCUGGAGAAGAGCCCAGAUCUGCAGUCCCUACGCUAUGCCCUAUCUCUGUACACACAGACCACCGACACACUCAUCAAAACCUUUGUGCGCUCACAGACUGCCCAGGUGCAUGAUGGGAAAGGUAUUAGGUUUACAGCUAAUGAGGACAUUCGGCCGGAAAAGGGGUCUGGUAUAGAUGAUCCUGUGGGAGAAGUGUCCAUUCAGGUGGACUUGUUUACACAUCCUGGAACUGGGGAGCACAAGGUCACAGUGAAAGUGGUAGCAGCCAAUGACCUCAAGUGGCAGACAGCAGGUAUGUUCCGGCCCUUUGUGGAAGUGACCAUGGUUGGCCCACACCAAAGUGACAAGAAGAGGAAGUUCACAACCAAAUCAAAGAGCAACAACUGGGCCCCCAAGUACAAUGAGACAUUUCACUUCCUCCUGGGAAAUGAAGAGGGACCAGAAGCCUAUGAGUUGCAAAUAUGUGUGAAGGAUUACUGCUUUGCCCGUGAGGAUCGUGUUCUGGGGCUGGCUGUGAUGCCUCUGAGGGAUGUGGCAGCCAAGGGCAGCUGUGCUUGCUGGUGCCCCUUGGGCCGGAAGAUCCACAUGGAUGAGACAGGAAUGACUAUUCUCCGGAUUCUAUCUCAGAGGAGCAAUGACGAAGUGGCUCGAGAGUUUGUGAAGCUCAAAUCAGAGUCUCGUUCCAUAGAAGAGGAGAGCUGAGCACCUAGCUUCCUGUGCCAACCAGAUGGCAUCAGUUCCACAAAUCAGUGCCAGUGAGAGUUACUAUGUAACCAGCUUAAGGUCCUCAUAGUUGAGAGGCUGACUCCUUCAGUUUGAGGACAUUAAAGGAAAAAUUUGGGGUGAUGAAAGUAUGGCUUUUCACAGAAAGGGUCACGAAUCCCUGACCAGCAGGUCUGUGGUGCUAGGAGCUGGGCUGUGGGUAUUACUGCAUAGGGAAGUUUUCCAUAAAGGGAGGGACAGACAUUUCUGAGAGUAUCAGCCAUUCUUUGUAGACACCCCUCUUCAUGCCACACCUUAUCCAGCUAGACCCAUACAUAUCAACCAUUAGAAGAACAAGUUUAGAGAGCCUGGAGCAUGUAUCUGGUUAGCUAAAUAGUCAGUUGAGCCUCAAGGUGUUGCUGAGCCCUAUAGUCUGGAUUGGAGUAUGGCCGGGGCAGGAAUGUACAGAAGAGAAUUUAGAGUCUCCCUUGAGCAGGAUCCACUGGUUUUGUGUGGCUCCAUGAAAACAAGGCUUUGAGACUGAACAAGAUACCUUCUGGAAAUGAGCUGUGCUAAUCUUUUUCCCCAAAUAUGUCAUGAGUAGAAUAGGUUCACAUGAUACUUCAGAGCCCUGAGCAGAAUAUUCCAAAGAGGCCACCUGCCCAGGAGUCCCCCUCCUUCACUCCUGUAGGAAGGGGAACAAUGUUGUUUCAGAACAUGAGAGGCUAUUCCUCUGUGUGUGCACCUGAGGGCUAGUUGAAGGAUCCAGGAAAGAGGGCUGUAUUUUCUUCUUGGAUAGACUCUGAACAAAGCCAAAAAUUGUAGAAACCAGUUUAGAAGGAGUCCUCUUCACCUAUGGCUACUGCCUCUGGUUGUUCUCUCCUUUGCAGAAGGAAUCUAGUCUUUGGCCUCACUCCCUUUCAUCUAGGUCAGCUGCUGUUCGCCUCACAGAUGUUCAACCCUACAGAAGGAGCUUGGACUAUGAUCCCUCUGUACAGGCUGGAUAGAGGGGCCAUCAACAUUCCUUGGGAAGUCAAAGACAAAUUCUUUUAGAAGGUCAUAUGAACUUCUCAGCCCUUGAUCAGAGAAGUGACAUGGUUCUUGGAUAUCCUUGGUAGCAGCCUCCUGGACCUCUUGAGGACUCCGUGUUAUCCACAGCUGUACCAGCCAUUACAUAUAACAAGAAACUAAGCAUCUUUGCUGUUGUUAAUUACUGUAUGUGCCAUUGUCACAGGACAUUUUUGGCUAGUCUAUAAUAAAUUAUCUUAGAGCA